UAACGGCAGCUUUCAUUGAUCCAUUGAUGACAUUGAUCUCUGCUGACUGUGAUAUCUGCUUUGAACGCAAGUCGCAAACUGCAAUUAUAUUGUACGGCGUACGUCGUAUAGUGCUGUUAAUUACGCUCUCGUGAGCGUAUAUGUGUUUUCGAAAGAAUAAACUUCAAAUCUUAAAAGUGAGCUUAAUAACCUCACUUUUAUAUUUUAUCGUGAUUCGUGUUAUAUCACCUCGUAGAGAGGUUGAAGGCUCAAAGCUAUCACCUGGUGGCACACCAAAAAGACUUCACUCGACAGUGGCAUUACUCAUAUUUUAUCGAUAUCAUCGAUGUGUCAACUAUCAAAGUUGGGUGUUUUGUCAUUGCAUACAAUUUGAAGGAUCCCAAAUAAACAUAAAUAUCAUGAGUAUGACAUCGAAAAAAAUUAAGAGCGAUGUAUGGAAAUACUUCACAAAAGAGAACUCAAUCUCUGCUAGAUGUAUUCUUUGCACAAAGAUAAUAAAACACGGAGGUAAUACGACGAAUUUGCACAACCAUUAUAAGAAUGUACAUAAAGUACAUGUAGGAUCCAAACCGACUGAACCGUGUUGGCCGAAGCGAUUAAAAACGAAAGCUGCUGUAGACACAAUUAACGAAGAGAAAUUAAAUACACAUAAUCAAAGACAAACAAUGUCUAUAAUAGAUAUUUCUACUGACAGCAAUAUUGAUGAUCCAAUACCAACAAGUGAACAAGAUUUCUCUUCAGAAAACAGCAUAUCAACUGUAGAUUCACUUCAGGGAGUCCAGGACUCAAAAUUUAAAACUAAACAAAAGGUUAAAUCGAGAGAUUUUAAUAGACUUACUAAAAUUACAGAAUCAUUUACACGAAUUAAUUCUUUCAUGGAUGGUGGUUCUUCAGCAAACAAACUCACGAACUGUAUUCAUUUCAUGAUUGCAUCAGAAUGCAAAACCUACCACUAUCUAUCGUGGAAGGUAAAGCAUUCAAACGUCUGAUGAACACAGCUGUCCCGUUAUACUCUGUUCCUAGCAGAAGAACCAUUACUCGUCUGAUUGA